GUUCUCUCCCAGCGAUUGGAGAUGGCCGGUUGCUGGCUCUUAGAUCGCGGCGGAUUACUUCCACACUCGGUUCUUAGUAAUUUCUUUUUAGAAAUAAUUAAAAGAAGGGGGAAAAAAAGAAGCAUAAAGAGGUUACUUACACACGACACGACACGGAGAAGACUCGAGUCCUUUCUGUCCUAGCUCCUUCAAUCCAUCUUUGCACCAGCGUAGAGAUCGGCAGCCACGCUCGAUCUAUCGAUCUCCGUACGCACAAAUUGUACUAAUUUUUCUCAGAUCGCGAUGGCCGGAGGGGAUCAUCGAGAGUGGGAGAACCGCCACUUCCUGUUCCACGACGAGCUGUCGGCGCUCAUCUUCCAGAAUCCAGCUGACGGCGGCGCCGCCAGUCUGGAUGGUAGUUUCUCAUCGCCUCUCGCGAGCUUUGCAGAUUGUCGUAGCGAUUACAGAGACUCUGGUGCUGAAAAUGCUGGUGAGUAUUUAUAUAACUCUGCUGCGCCGGUCAUCGUUUCCGGCGACGGAGGAUGUGUGACGACGCCGUACUCGUCGACUUCUUCUUCUUCGACCGAGGUGGCUGGAGAGGAAGACGGAGAGCGAUGCAAGCAGCAGCAGGAAGCUGGGAAGGAAGAGGAAGGGGAGGUGGAGAAGCUAUUAGUGAUCAGUGCAGGGGAAGCAGAGAGUGACAUGUCGAAGAACGCCAACAAAGGCAAGAAGAAAAAAGAGAAGAGGCAAAGGGAAGCUCGUUAUGCAUUUGUCACAAAAAGUGAGGUUGAUCAUUUAGACGACGGCUAUCGUUGGAGGAAAUAUGGCCAGAAAGCAGUCAAGAACAGCCCUUUCCCGAGGAGCUACUAUCGUUGCACGAACCAGAAGUGUCCAGUGAAGAAGAGGGUGGAGAGGAGCCAUCAAGAUCCCACAAUCGUGAUAACGACUUAUGAGGGGAAACACACUCAUCAGUUCCCAGCAACCCUCAGAGGGGGCGCACACCUGUUUUCUCCUCCUCUUCCUCCUCCGGCGCCCACGCCGGCGGUGACGACGGCAAGCUUCUUGGCGACGCACCAAGUGUCUCAGCUCAACAGUCAGUCGUCACUGCUGCAGGCUACGAGCACAAACCCUAGUUUGUAUCUGACAAACCUACCACCUUCUCUGCAGCACAGUGACUACGGUCUACUCCAAGAUAUACUUCCUCAUUCCUUCUUCCAGGGCAUAUAGGUAGAAUUUCUAGCUAGUCGGAUAGGUAUAACUCAAUCUCUGGACUCUAAUUUUGUUGCACAUUGCAUCUCCAAUUAAUCCUUGUAAUAUUUUGAGAUCGAUCGAUGUCAUAUAUAUAUAUUGAAAUAUCACUGAUAUUUCUAAUUCAACCAAAUUUGUACCGUGGAUGUGUGUAUGUGAACUCCUUCAAUUUUAUUAUUUGUUAGAGUA